GGUUCAUUAUCGGGACAUCCCGUCCCGUCCUAUUUACAUGGCAUGUUAUUUAUUUAUUUUUUGACCAUUAUUUUCAGGCUUUCCUUCGGUUUCACCGUUUCAGCUUAUGCCUUGCAGACUUAAGUGUCAGGCUCACGAGGACCAAACAGAACACGCGUUCAGUUUCAACUUUCAAGUUCAACUUCAGUCUUCACUUUUCCCUUUCCUUUUCAAUCUUCUGCUGCACGCCUGCGCCGACCGAGGAGAGCCAGUGAGCCACACCACACAGACCUCAUCACCUCAAGGCUCCGACCAGUUGAAGGCCUCCGCCCUCGGCCCUCCGCCUCACGCCUCGACAGAACAGCAACAGCAACUGCAAGAAGACCCAGAUCUCGGCCUCAACUUCACGCCUCGAUGCGACGCGACUAGAAGAAGGAAGAAACUUGCUUUGCCUAGCUUUGUCUCAGAUUUCCAUUUCCAUUCUCAGCUUCGCCUUGACCCAGAUUUGCUCCUGCCUUCGUCGUUCUCCUUGUCGUCCUCACUGCUCAGAUCUGGGUGGUUGUUGUUGUUGUUGGCUAAAUUUGCAUUGGAAAGAAAAAUGGACACCACACCUACUAUUCAAGAAAAUGUUGAAACUUACGAGCAAGUACAUUUUUGGGGAGGAUCCAUCUUGCACUGGGAGUAUCUAUUUUCUUAAAUAUAAAAAGUUUAGUGUAAUUUCUUCCUUGUGGAAAAAGCUUUUUAACUUAAAGUAUUGAUGAGGUUUAAUCGUUUAGAACUUUGAACUAUUGCUUCAGUGUUUAUAUUUUCAUGUUUGUGUUUUUUUUUUUUGGCCAAUUAUAUUUUCAUAUUUGUUGGCGCAUACAUAAUGCUUGAAUCAUGCAGGGAUAUUAUUUGUUUAAAUGGUAUGACAUUUUUCAGUAAAAUCAUUCAACUUCAUCUAUUUGUUGAAACAACUGCUCUUCAUCUGGACUACUUUGCCCCUCGAAGUUGUAACUUUGAUUGCCAGUUAUUACGGAGGGGAAUAUUGACAGCAGUUUUUUAUGGGGAAAAAUAAAAAUGAAAAGAAAAGAGGACAGGGCUUAAGAGAGAAGAGUGGAGCACAAUCUCACUAUGAUUCGAUGAAUUUGAAAGCAUCUUUCAAUGGCUGAAUGCCUUUAUGUCCCGUUUGGUAUGCUAGAAAUGAAAAUUAAAUUGUAAUUCACAUUCUUUUUUUUAUAUGCAUGAAAUAGAUUUUCAUGUUGAAAUGAAAUUCAUCAAAAUAGGUUGAAUUGGGUUUCAUAAUAAGGCCCAUGGAAA